AUGGCGCAUCCUGCGCCGGAAGGGAACUUGAAUGCCGGCUCUGCUGAAGCCUUGUUAGGCGAUCUUGAGGCAGUGGUCUUUGCUGGAAAGGGCGGCUCCGGUCAAGAUCAUUGGCAGCGCUUGCUUUGUGUGAGCGCUUCACGCAAACUUCUGGGAAGGUUGCUGUCGGUGGCAGGUGCCACUCUGUUCACUUGCGUUCCCGUUUCGGCAAAGGCCCGUGCUGCUGCUAAGCUCCGUGAUGCAAGUGCCAUUCGCGGGUCUGGCGACCGAAGGGGCUCUACUGCGCCGAUAAUCCAAGCGAGCCCGCUCACCGAGUCACGGCAACAUGCUGCAAACUCUGCAGUCAUCGCGGCAGCACCCUGGGCUUCUGAAGAAAGCCGGAAGGUAGCCAAGCGGUGUGUGGAGACUUGGCUGGGUACUUCCGGGAUUGCACCUUCUGCAAACCCCACGCAGAAGGAUCAAGAAGAAGGUUUGGUGGCUGGGGCGUUGCAUGAGCUUUUGCCUCAAGCUCUCAGUGCUAUCAGAUCUCGACUGUCAUCGCUGAAGCCAAGCUCGGAUGCCUCGGACGCCAGUGCAAGCAUGCCCACAGCUUGCUCCAUUGCCAUCGUGCGCAGCCUCCAUUGGUUAAUGCAGCAGUGCGAUUACCUGGUUCUCAAAGACCGACUGGGCCUAGCAUUGCCUUUGCUCCUUCAAGUCCUGGACCAUUGCCCGGACGCCGUGGUCCGAUUCAUCGGGUGGGAUGCGCUGCACCUGAUGCUGGACCGCGCGCUGGCGGUGGAGGUGCACAAUUUUCGGCCACCUUUGCAACAUGUCCUGGAGACUUGCUCCCCGCUGCUCCUGGAGGAGGAAGUGGCAUACCUUGCUGUUGCACCUUACUGCGCCUCAAGCGUGCUAUUCUUGCUGAAAGCUUUCGGGCCCGACGCGAGCGUGUCAGAUCGCAACACGCAGCUGAAGAACUUGCUUGGCUUCGGAAGCCUGCACUGCAAGCCCAAUUCUCGUGCAUUUGCACUGUUCCUGGAGUUCGGGCUGCUUCCACUGAUGGCCCGCGAAGUGUGGCUAGUUGCGCCCUACUUGCGUGAGACAGCGGAGCUCCUUUUGCAGAGCUGUGAGGGUGGAAAUGCUUUGGAGGUCUUGCUGGCCUGGCAGGGGCUGCAGCUUUUGUUUGGUGGCGAGCUCCAGGCUCGUGUCAAGAGGUAUUUUCAGGACAUCCUCCUGCGUGUGGCUUUUUCCUACUUGACCUUGUUUGCUUCCGACCCGCCAGAGGGUCUUCAGCAAACCUGCUCCACAGGACAGCAGGGAUCUGAGAAAGUUCUGCAGUCUGUGACGGGUAAGAAAAGAGCAAUGCAAGACGAGAUGUUCAUAAACUGGUUCCUGUCAACAGUUCGCGUGAAGUUCCAACCUAUGCUCAAUGGUCAGCAGAACUCAAAUUCGCUAGGGAGCAGGCUGGGCAGUCGAAUCGUGUAUGUCUUCUUUACGGGUGUUCUGGUGUAUGCUGGAGCUGGAGCGGUUUCAGGUUUUCUGUCCCCGGUGACCGCUGCCAUGACAGAAGCCGAGUGGGCUGAGGUGUUACACCGGAGGCCAGAGUUGCUUGAGGCACUUCGUGGCGUCGUGCGCUUGUUGGCCCAGGCCGACGCGCCAGAAGGCGACAUCCUGACAAGGUGCCAACAAACCGCUCCUGAGCAAGCAAUCAUUGAGGAUGUCAGUGGCGUGAUCACAUGGCAGUUUUCGGGCUCACAGCCUGUGGUGAUUGCUGCCAUCAGUGUGUCGGUGGUGCGGCAGGUGGUGCCACAGCUCAUCUCCAAGGGCAGCUGCUCUCUCCCUCACGCAGGCAUUGAGGCCUCCAUGGGGCCGGCGCGACUUGUUUUACCUCGUUGGCGGCACAACGCUUACCUGGGCAUCAAAGCAGACGGAGUCAGGCUUUGGGGUUUACCCUCCCGCUCAGCACGGCGCGCAGGUUUGCGGUGGUUGGACGAGAUCGUAGCCGUUGGCAGAAGUGAUGAGCCGGUGCAUUCUGUUGCUGAUGUCCUUCAUGCUAUUCAGGCGCAGCCUGGCUCACCUAUCUCACCCAUGCCCAUCCGCCUUCGUCGCUUCGGCCACGAACACACUGCCGAGCUGGCACUCGACACACCAUACCCACGAAGUGCGAUGGUUGGACGUCGAUUGUUACGUGUUGCAGCCCGCACGUUGGUUGUGCUCAGGGUAGUGCGCACCUACCGGCGUCUGGUUGCAGUCUUGCAGAAGGAUGCCGGCAGCCUCCAUGACUCCCUGCAAAGCUUUUGGGAGACAGGUGCCUUCAACCAGAGUGUCGUGCCAGAGGCAGCGUCGCAACUGCUCUUGGCUCUUGCACAAUGGGUUUUCGCCUCAGACCGUCUUCAAAACGUUUGUCUUCCAGCACGCGAGAACUCCAGGUGUGUGGUUGCCGGAAACAUGAAGAAAAAGAUCUGGAAGCCAACGGCAUCCUUCAGACUCUGCCGGGCAAAGUGUAUCAGCGAAGCCGCGGAUGCUCCGUCGUGCUGCACACACUCAGCCAAAACCGGUCACUGCGAAAUGAUCUUCACGGGGAAUGCCACGGUCCCCGCCCCCCCGCAGGAGCCGAUCUCGCAGGGCUCACCGAAGCACAUGAAAUUUGGCAAGGGUAAUGACAGCAGCAUACAGUGCGCAUUCAUAGCGUACUUAGAUGUCCAGGCAGGAAAUAACGCGCAGUGCCGCUGCAGCGAGCAAGAUGAAGAAUAUGAUCCUAAUGAUGUUGAUGGUGACAUCCUGGGGGAGGCCACUGUUUAUUUGAACAUCUAUGACCUGAACGAUGAGUGGCUGCAGUCCAACCAGAUAUCUGCGGACAUUCUCAACAUCGGAGGGGCUUUUCAUGCCGGAGUAGAAGUGCAUGGGAAGGAAUGGUCGUUUGGUCAGGAAGGGGUCAUCUGCCAGGAGCCUCGCACUCAUGAGGUUCACGUCUACCGCAUGUCCAUCGCCAUGGGCCGAACCAGCCAGCCGGAAGCGGAGGUCGUUCGCUUCAUGGACCUGGUAAUGGCAAGCCAGUGGCACGGUGGUGACUACGAUAUGCUUGAGCGCAACUGCUGCAGCUUCGCAGAGGUGGUGUGCAUGCACCUGGUUGGAAGAAAUUUACCAGGAUGGGUGACGCGCUUCCCCCGAUUGGCUUGUAAUGCUUCGAAGGGGAUAAACCAUCUCAUCAAUGCAGCUGAGCAGCUCGCAGCCGAGCAAGCAAACAAGCUGCCUUGCAUCCCUUUGAGAAGUACAGAUGCCCUCCACAACGCGGACGAGCAUCAUCCCUCAGACCAGUUCUCAGAGGAAGAGGUGGAUUUCAAUGAAGACAACCUUCCAACGGCCAUCGCAUCGCAGCCGCCCAUCUGCCACGUCCACAGUGUGAUUUCUCGUGCCACCACCACUAUGGUGUCAGAAGCCUCCGAGCUCGCAUUUCACGCAGGUUGUGGGCUGGCUCUCGCACGAGCUGAUUGCGCACAACUGGUGCCAACGGGGAUUGUGGUGUGA